AUGCGAAAUUAUCUAUCUAUCACAUUUCAGUCACUGUUAAGAGACCUCGGAUAUAAUUGCAUUAUAAUGAUUUCAGAGUUCAAGAAAGACUGGUCGGACCACGCUUUAUGGUGGCCAACUCGCAACAAAUGGCUAUCCAGACCGAAACAUACAUUGGACCAGUACGGUGUUCACGCUGACGCCGCACUCCACUUCACGCCCAUGCACAAACCACUGAGAAUCCAACUACCAGAUUUGAGAUACAUCGAUUGCAAAAUAGAUUUCUCAAUAGACACGUUCAGUGCUGUUAUACAACUCUGCAAAAGUCUUGGUAUACGUCAUCCGGAAGAACUGUCUUUGUGUUAUCCCCUCGAACAAUCCCACUUGAAACAGAAUUAUCAGAACUUGAAGGAAGCUAAGAGGAUCAAGGGCACUCAGCCGCCAGACACUAAUACUUUUAUAGCGGCCACGAGAGGCUCUUCAAACAGCUUAGACAGAUCACUAGCUUGUCCGGCCACGCCGCCUCCGCCGCGAUCUUUGUCAGCCACACCUGUUGCAUCCCAACAGAAUGGCACAUUGCGUCGCUAUGGUGGUCAUAUAUACAGUACUCAGAGCGAUGGCUCAAGUGAUGGUGGUUAUUGCGGGACCCCACCACGAGCUGCCUCUAUGGACGCCCUGGACUCCCUCUCAGAACUCUCCCUGGCUGAUUCACCCUUGGAACCAGACAGCCAGUCAAAGGAAUCACUCAUCACACCCAAAUCACUUAUGGAACGCGCCAGAAUGAACGUUGGCUGGUUGGAUUCAUCUCUGUCUAUAAUGGAGCAAUACGUCCGUGAAUGGGACACUCUCCAGCUUCGUUUCAAAUUCUAUUCCUUCUUCGAGCUGUCAGCCCGGCCUCAAGACGCCGCUCGCCUCAACCAGCUGUACCAACAAGCUCGCUGGCAGAUCCUCAACCAAGAAGUUCAUUGCACCGAAGAAGAAAUGCUUCUAUUUGCAGCACUACAGCUUCAAAUCGAGCUGCAGACUUUAGCCGGUGGCGGUGUGAAUGCUAACGAUGGCUCUCAAGACGUAUCAAACGCCCCCGAAGACGACAUUGACGCCGCUCUCAGUGAACUACAAGUGCAAUUAGAGGGUGGCCCACCAGCCCGCCCUGAUAUAACACACGUACCUGAACUGGCGGGUUAUUUGAAAUACAGAGGGGCGUGUCAUAGCGAUAGCUGUUUGAUCUCUCGUCAGCGUUUCACACUACGUGCGUACAAACGCGGCUGGGUGUCGUGUAGAGACGGUGUGUUGAGGGUGCAUUCAUCACAAGAGGCCGCGGGGAGAGGGGACGCGCCCUCAUACGCCGUGGAGCUCCGGGGCGCAGAGGUAACACCGGACGCACACCCCGCUUCAGGGCGAUACGGAAUUAAACUCGAGAUACCCUCUGAAGAUUCUAUGCACGAGAUGUGGCUUAAAUGUGAAACUGAGGAUCAAUACGCCGAGUGGGUGGCUGCGUGUCGUCUUGGUUCUAGAGGAAGGUCGUUGGCUGAUUCUUCGUUCGCCAGUGAAGCGGCCGCUGUGAGGUCCCUGUUGGCGCUCCAAAGACCUCAACCGGCCGCGGCCCUCAACCAACACAGUCUGCCGCAUUUGGACCACUUGCAACCAGAGAACUACUUGGCCGGCAGGUUCCUUAAGAAACUUAAAGGAAAGUUUACCCAACGAGUGCUGGAGAGUCAUGCGAAUGUGAAAGACCUAUCACUUCUGGAAGCAAAACUCCAGUACAUCAAGACCUGGCAGAAUCUGCCAGACUAUGGCCAGACAUUGUUCGUGGUUAGAUUCAUGGGGCAUCGCAAAGACGAGAUAAUAUCCAUAGCGAACAACCGCAUCAUGCGUCUAGACCCCAGCACUGGAGAUCAUAUUAAAACAUGGAGAUAUAGUACCAUGAAGGCUUGGAACGUUAAUUGGGAGAUAAAACAUAUGAUGGUGCAAUUUGAGGAGGGCAACAUUAUAUUCUCUGUACAGUCAGCUGAUUGUAAAGUCGUGCACGAAUUCAUUGGUGGCUACAUCUUUCUUUCCAUGAGGUCAAAGGACGCGAAUCAGACCCUAGACGAAGAAUUGUUCCAUAAACUAACUGGCGGUUGGACAUAA